UCUGUCUGUCUGUCUGUCUAUCUCAGGUUACCUGAAACAUCGCUUUGCAUCUGAACGCGUCCCAAAGCCCUUAGUUCUGCGUUCUGGGGAAAAACUAGACUCGACUGGACACCUCGAGGGACAAACUGCUCGAAAAUGUUUACCCUGUUGUCGGCUAUGUACUUUGUGGUGCGCGCGGCUUCGGCGCAGGCCGAACCGAUCCGAGUUUUGGUGACUGGCGCAGCCGGACAGAUCGCUUACUCUCUGCUGUACAGCAUUGCCAAAGGAGAUGUGUUCGGCAAGGACCAGCCCAUCAUCCUGGUUCUGUUAGAUAUCACUCCGAUGUUGCCUGUGCUGGAUGGUGUUGUCAUGGAACUGCAGGAUUGUGCUCUUCCACUUCUGAGGGAGGUGAUUCCCACUGAUAAAGUUGAGGUGGGCUUUAAAGAUCUUGAUGCUGCCAUCCUGGUGGGUUCUAUGCCCAGAAAAGAGGGCAUGGAGAGGAAGGACCUGCUGAAGGCUAACGUGGCCAUUUUUAAAACCCAAGGUGAAGCACUGGAAAAGUAUGCCAAGAAGACUGUCAAGGUGCUGGUUGUCGGAAACCCAGCCAACACCAACUGUUUGAUUGCCUCCAAAUCUGCUCCCUCCAUUCCUAAGGAGAAUUUCUCCUGUCUGACCCGUCUGGACCAUAACAGGGCUCGCUCUCAGGUGGCGAUGCGUGUUGGCGUUUCCUCUGACAGUGUGAAGAACGUGAUUAUCUGGGGCAAUCACUCCUCCACUCAGUACCCAGAUGUCCACCACGCUACAGUGAACCAUCACGGGAAGGAGAUGGCAGCUUUAGAUGCUGUAAAUGACGAAAGCUGGCUGAAGGGUGACUUUAUCUCCACGGUGCAGCAAAGAGGUGCAGCUGUCAUUAAGGCCAGGAAGCUCUCCAGCGCAAUGUCAGCUGCCAAAGCCAUCUGUGACCACAUGAGAGACAUCUGGUUCGGCACUCCUGAAGGCGAGUGGGUGUCUAUGGGUGUCUUUUCAUCUGGUAAUUCCUAUGGAGUUCCUGAUGACCUCAUGUACUCUUUCCCCGUUAUGAUCAAGAAUAAGGCUUGGAAGGUGGUUGAUGGACUCGCCAUCAACGAUUUUUCCCGCGGUAAGAUGGACGCCACUGCCGCUGAGCUGGUAGAGGAGAGAGAUACGGCGCUCACCUUCCUCGGGGCGUGACUCGAUGUCACCACAACAACGCGGCAGUCGUUAGAUGCUUCCAAAUCCCCAAAUUCCCGACUGUAAAGUCCUGUAGAUUUCACAGCUGACCGUGUGUGUGUGUGUGUGUGUGUGUGUGUGUGUGUGUGUGUGUGUGUGUGUGUGUGUGUGUGUGUGUGUGUGUGUGUGUGUGGAUGAAAGUCUCAAUGUGUGUGUGUGUGUGUGUGUGCACCACUUUGCAAGUUAUUAAUGAAACUAGAAAUGUCUGCAAUGUAACUUUUCCUCUAUUUUGAGUGCCUGGAGCAAAACCUGAAGGAGAAAAUGUCCAUUGAUUCAAAUACACACAUAGUUGUCCUGACCAAAUUAACAAUCAUUUGUCAUCCAACAAUAAAAGACCACAUGAAAUUGAA